AUGGAGCUAGCACAUGUUGUUCCUCCUCGGCGACAUGACAACCUUCGGAAAAAGCGGCGGCUCAUGCACUCGCACCAACACGUCCUGGAUGGCUUUGCCUCAUGGUUGACGGAGGCCGAGCUGGAGGCGGUGUCCAUCAAGCUCGGCUUCUCCAAGUCGACUCUGGAUGGGCCGAUGUACCUCGACACCACGCAUAGCCCGAGCUUCCUCGGGCUAUCGCCGGACAACUUCUGGGGGUACACCGAAUACGGCAGCGGGGUGAUCAUUGGAGUGAUCGAUUUCGGGAUCAAUUCCAGCCACCCUAGCCAGACAGGUGGAAAGGACCCUGUCGAUUACAUUGGCCACAACAAGCACGUGGCGUUGAUCACGGCGGGGAACUUCGUCAACGACGCCUCGUUCCAUGGACAGGCGGUCGGGACGGCCUCCGGGAUCGCCCCCAAUGCGCACUUGGCAUCGUACAAGGUCUGCUAUACUCUCACCGAUGAUUCUGACGACUACCACUGCCCCAUGACGUCCAUAGUGGCUGGGAUGGAAUCGGUGGUCGUCGACGGGGUGGACAUCAUCUCCAUCUCCCUCUCUAGUGGGGAAAUGAGAUUCGACCGGGACCCUGUGGCCAUGGGCACAUUCCGCGCGGUGGCCAAGGGUAUCCCUGUCGUGGCAUCUGCUAGCAACUCUGGCCCAGAUCGGUUUUCUGUUACAAACGACGUGUCGUGGAUCAUCACUGUAGGUCGGGUCGGUACAGGGCGGAUCUACCAUCGGGGCUAG